AUGCUGCAGUUUGGCGGUUUCAAGUUCCUACACCCUCGAGCACGGUAUGUCUUGUUACUGAAACUCAAAAAAGUUGGUCUAGGAGUACUUCUAGUCGGGCGGUUGGGCUGCCUUUACCAUCUCCUAGGCCGGUAAGAUCAGGAGCUUUCAAAUUGUUUGUGGAUGCAGCUUUAUUCCCCCCUUCUUCUAUGGUUAGCUUUGGGUUUAGCGGAGGCGAUGGCAUGUAGAAGGGCUUUGGGUUGGGCAAGGGAGCAAGGACUUACGGAGUUGGAGCUCUUCUAAGUAACACAAGAAUGUCCUCCACAACACACAUAGAAAGCCUUUGGGUUUUUGCCUUACUUUCCCAAGCAAAAUGUCUCUCCUCUCCCAACCUCAUAUGCUUCUCACUCCUCCUCCUCCUCGCUACCCUCGCCAUGAGCGUCUUCUACUGGGCCCACCCCGGGGGCCCCGCCUGGGGCCGCCGCCUGAAGUGGCGCACGACUCGGUUUUCCCCCAUACCGGGGCCCCACGGGGUUCCCGUCUUCGGUAGCAUGACUCUCAUGGUCGGCCUGGCUCACCACAAGCUCGCGGCGAUGGCCGAAGCUUGCGGGGCGAAGCGUCUCAUGGCCUUCAGCCUCGGGGAGACCCGAGCUGUCGUCACGUGUAACCCCGAGGUGGCCAGGGAGAUCCUGAACAGCUCGUCGUUCGCCGACCGGCCCGUGAAGGAGUCGGCUUACCGGUUGAUGUUCGACCGCGCCAUCGGGUUCGCGCCUUACGGUGUGUACUGGCGCACGCUCAGGAAGAUCGCCGCCACGCACCUGUUCUGCCCGAAGCAGAUUAGGGCGGCGGAGUCCCAGAGGUCCGAGAUCACUCGGCAAAUGAUCGCCGAGCUCUCAUCAGGUCCCCCUGGGGAUAGAGGGGUACGCGUUCGGGACGUCCUGAAACGGGCGUCCCUGAACAACAUGAUGAGCUCCGUCUUCGGGCGGGACUACAGCCUCAGUGGCUGUCCCGAGAUGACGGAGCUCAGGGAGCUGGUCGACGAGGGGUACGAGCUCCUCGGCACGUUCAACUGGUCCGACCACCUCCCCUGCCUCCUCGACCUGGACCCGCAGAGGGUCCGGGCGAGAUGCUCGGGGCUGGUGCCACGGGUGAACCGGUUCGUCGGCGGGAUAAUCGCCGACCACCGCGCCACGCCGGAAUCGGAGAAGAUGGCCCACAGAGAUUUUGUGGACGUGUUGCUCUCCCUCCAAGGCUCUGAGAAAUUAGCCGACUCCGACAUGAUAGCCGUUCUUUGGGAAAUGAUAUUUAGAGGGACGGACACGGUGGCGGUGUUGAUUGAGUGGAUCUUGGCGCGGAUCGUGCUUCACCCGGAGGUUCAAUCCGCCGUCCACGGCGAGAUCGACGGGAUUACGGGCGGCGGAGCGGCGGCGGUCACGGAGUCGGACGUGUCCAAAAUGGUCUACCUCCCGGCGGUGAUCAAGGAGGUGCUCCGGCUGCACCCGCCCGGUCCCCUGCUCUCCUGGGCCCGUCUGGCGAUAACGGACACCGAAAUCGGCGGGUACCACGUGCCGGCGGGUACCACCGCCAUGGUGAACAUGUGGGCCAUAUCGCGGGACCCGGAAGUCUGGGAGGACCCACUCGAGUUCCGCCCGGAGAGAUUCCUCGGCGGCGGGACGCCGAUGGACUUCUCCGUCAUGGGAUCCGACAUGAGGCUGGCUCCGUUCGGGUCGGGUCGGAGGACCUGCCCGGGGAAAAACUUGGCGCUGACCACCGUCUCCUUCUGGGUCGCCGCCCUGCUGCGGGAGUUCGAGUUCACGGCGGCGGGUAACGUUGACCUGACGGAGGUCCUGAAGCUCUCGUGCGAAAUGGUCAACCCGCUGACGGUAAACGUCCGGUCCAGACGGAGUUCGCGAAACUUGCGGGUCUAGUGCGGAAAUGUAAUUUAGAGAAAAGUGGAGGGGGGAACGGGAAUUUUCGGAGAAAAGAAAGAGAAACAAAAACGGACCAUAUAAUUUGUUACAAAAAUGUCUUGUCUUGUUUAGUCCUUAGUCACCACUUGUUUGUAAUCUUUUUUUUAUUAUUUAUUUCCUCUUUUUUUAAAUCAAUGUUUUAGUUGGUUUUUUUUCAAAUACACAGUAGUAUAUACUUGUAUGGAGAAAUAUAUGAUUACCCGUUUG